AACAUUCUCCAAUAGUUGUUGUGUGACUUGUGUCAUAUCAACGGCAUGUUUCCUUUUUGAGAAAAAGUAAAGAAAACAGCGUACAACAGCUAGCCAAAGAAUAACCAGUAAACCAACUCAACCACCAUUUGACCCAUACCAUUCUUAGCGUACCAUUUCAAUUUCUCUUCCAUUCUUCCCAAAAUCCCCAAAUUACAGGGUUUGAGGACCCCAAUUACAAUUCCUCUGAAACCCUAAAUUUUCAUAAUUUAACCUCCAUUAAAAUGUUUCACCGUAAUUUCAAUUUCUCUUUCUUAACUUUCUCUCUCCUCUUAAUUUCCUUUACUCAAUUCGUAAAAUCCGACACCCAAACUUCCGUCAUUAGAUUACCUUCCGAUUUCUCCGGAAAUGCUGAAUUAUGCUCGCCGGAAGAAUCAUCCGGAAAAUCCUGCCCGGUGAAAUGUUUUCGACCCGACCCGGUUUGCGGCGAAAAUGGGGUAACUUACUGGUGCGGUUGCGUCGAUGCUCAUUGCGCGGGUACUCGAGUCGCCAAACGUGGGUUUUGUCAGGUGGGAAAUGGUGGAUCGGGCCCAUUGUCGGGUCAAGCUUUUUUGUUGGUUCAUUUGAUUUGGUUGAUUGUUUUAGGGUUUUCUGUUCUUUGUGGGUUGCUUUAAAAUUUUAAGGAUUUUUUUUGAGAUUUGUACUAAUUCUUUGUAGAGGGAUUGUUGUAUGUAAUUGAGAAAAUGAGUUUGAUUUUAGGCUCUAAUUUCAGAGGAUUGUAAUAUUUGUAAAUUUUUAAAAAAAAAAUUGUCGGGGUGUGAUUAUUAUUCUUUUAUGCAAGUAUUUGUAUUUGAAUUAGACAAACUCAUAAAUGAAAAUUUCUUAUUAUUUGCUUUUA